GGCCUGCUGAGCUGUGCUGUUCCCCCUGCAGAUUGUGGAGCACACCUACAGGCUGGAGUUCCUGUACAGCGGGCUGGGGAGCAGGCAGGUGGCCACCAUCCACCACAUGCGGCUACAGGCCAAGGCGCUGCAGCUCAUCCUGACCGCCCGCACAUCCCGAGGGAUGGAAACUGUGAUCAGCAUGUGCGAGAAACUCCUGCAGGAGCUGGAGAUAUUCCCCAGGUGUUUUGCGGCUGAGUUGCAGCACUUCCAGGAGAGCUUUGUGGAGAAGCUGCUGGAGGUUCUGCCCAGGCUCAUGGCUUGCAAGCCCAUGGAGCUGGUGAAGAUUCUGCAGACCACUCUCCGACACAGCAACAUCGUCCUACUAAAGCUAACCGACCAGGUACACAAGGCCUCUGCGACCAUCAUCGAGCCCACUGGCGAGUCGGACAACCCACUGCGGUUCACGUCCGGUCUAGUGGUCGCCCUGGACGUGGACGCCACCUUAGAGCAUGUGCAGGACCCUCAGUCCAUCAUCAAAGUACAGGUCACCUACCCAGAUGGCCAGGCCCACAUCAUCCAUCCCAAACCGGCUGAUUUCCGAAACCCUGGGCCAGGAAGACACAGGUUGAUCACUCAAGUCUACCUUUCCCACACCGCAUGGACAGAGCCGUGCCAGGUUGAGGUGCGUUUGCUCCUGGCCUACAGCUCCAACAAGGGCAGGGCGUCGAGCCUGGGCUCGUUGUCCAGGUCACCGUGGAGCGAAAGCACCGAGGCCUUGAUGCAGGCCCCCAACGUCAUCGAGGGCACCAUCAACCUGAGCAAGCAGGUCAAGGUCUACCUCAUGCCAAAGCCCACCAGGAGAUGAGCGGGCCAACACCUACCGCCGGCAGGUGGCAAGCUGCCGAGGCGAACGGACUGUGCUGAGCUGGGCUUUACGACGCCAGGGAGUUUUCACUCGAGCAACGAGGGCACUCUAGGUCAGUUGUGGACGGAGCUAGUGUUGGAGGGAAGGUGUUAGUUGUCCACCUGAGAACCAAACUCUGAGCAGCUCAGGGGCAGGAGCACUGAAGGACCUAGUCCCGAUUACGCGGUUUUUUUUCGGCGACUUGUGGCCGAAGAUGUUCAACGUGUUGAAAAUCCAGCGGUGACCAGAAGAAGGGCACGACUCUUUGGGCGACUGCUCACGACCAAACAGGCCUCACCCUGCGACGUGUCGCCUGUAUGGUCGUGAGUAGUCACCCAAAGAGUCGUACCUUUUUUCUGGUCGCCACUGGAUGUUCAAGAUGUUGAACAUUUUCUCGCCGACUAUGAUGGGUGCCGGCAAGUGGCCGAAAAAAAAAUUGCGCAAGUGGGACGUUCCUGUCAAAAGGAAGGAUGGACAAAGAUCCAACAUUGCAUUCAAACGUUUCAAGAUCAGCGCUAUCCGAUGUAAACACUGGGGCGGCAGUGAGAGGCGUUCGGAAUAAUCAACACAUUUUCUUAUGAAAGUUUGACAUAAACGGAUUCAAGACUGUC